UGUAGUAAUUAUCUGAGCUGGAUCUAUCGUAAAAAGAAUUUUGUAAAAAAUUAGCAGCAAUUGUGCCUUCGUGUGAAGUGACCGCAAACGAUAAAUUGUUCAUGCGAGGAAAAAUGUUGGUGAAUCAUGCUGGAACCGCUAAUAGUUUUGACAGUGGUGAAUUGCAUUUUUAUGUUCAGUUCUACGAUCACGACCUGCGCAUUAUGGUGGCAAUAUCAGGGUCACCGUUGUUGCCCUAGGAAAAAUACCGCUCAACAAAAUUUCGAUUCAAAGAAAUCAAAGAAUUAUACUUUACAAAAUACCGUCAAAAAACCAGGUAAAUCGAAUUUUGACGGCCAUGCUAAUGUUGUUAGCAAAUCCGACACGGUCAAUAGUAGUCGCGACCACAGAAGUGAAAGGUACCAAAAGAAGAGAUCUAAGAAAAGUCUGGAGUAUCAAAAUAGAAGCGGAGAAAAAAUAUUCCAAGACGAACUUGAAGCAAAGAAGUUCGAUAAAAAAAGCAAGAUGUCGGAAGCUUCUCAAACAGUAAAUGAUACGAAAUCAACGGUCGUAAUGGAACUUUCAACAGUUCAAAAAAUUGUGCAAAUUGUCGACGAUAAUUCCCAUAUUAAUUCAGCGCGAGCUCCAUUUAAGGAAAUUGUUUCCCAGAAAGAUACAGCGGAUAAGAAGCGUGAUUAUAACGUUGAGCAGAACGGGGCUAAUGUAGCUGCUAAUUUUUAAUAAAUUGACAGACGAAUAAAUUAAUAUAAACUCUCUACGUAAAUAUCGUAAAUUAUAAAAUAAAAAUCGAAAAGAGAAAUAUCCCAGCAAACAUUAAGUUACAGUUACAUAAA